GAGAGGGCCCUCCUUCCGCCACCAGAGCGACGGGGAUGAAGAAGCGGGGCUACGAUGUCACCAGGAAUCCCCAUCUCAACAAGGGUAUGGCCUUCACCCUUGAAGAGAGGCUCCAGCUUGGAAUACACGGUCUUCUUCCGCCUUGCUUCCUGAGCCAAGAUGUCCAAGUUCUCCGGGUCCUCAAAAGCUACGAGACCAAAUCCAAUGAUCUAGACAAAUACAUCAUCCUCAUGACUCUACAGGACAGAAAUGAGAAACUGUUUUACCGCGUGCUCACGUCUGACAUAGAAAGAUUCAUGCCCAUUGUGUAUACUCCGACUGUUGGACUAGCUUGCCAGUUGUAUGGUCUGGCCUUCAGACGGCCUCGCGGGCUAUUCAUUACCAUUCACGACAAAGGACACAUUGCCACAAUGCUGAAUUCCUGGCCUGAAGACAACAUAAAGGCUAUUGUGGUGACCGACGGAGAAAGAAUUUUAGGCUUGGGCGAUCUAGGAAGCUACGGGAUGGGCAUUCCAGUAGGAAAACUCGCACUCUAUACCGCUUGCGGCGGCGUUCACCCACAGCAGUGCCUCCCUGUUCUUCUGGAUGUUGGCACUGACAAUGAGGCGCUCCUGAACGAUCCGCUCUACAUUGGCCUCAAGCACAAACGAGUUCGUGGGAAAGAGUACGACGACUUGCUGGAUGAGUUUAUGCAAGCAGUUGCAAACAAGUACGGCAUGAACUGUCUCAUUCAGUUUGAGGACUUUGCAAAUGCCAACGCCUUCCGGCUUCUCAAGAAAUAUCGCACCCGUUAUUGCACUUUCAACGAUGACAUUCAAGGAACUGCCUCUGUUGCUACAGCAGGAAUCUUCGCUGCCUUAAGAAUUACAAAGAACAAGCUUUCUGAUCAUAAGUUUGUCUUCCAAGGAGCUGGCGAGGCUGCUUUGGGUAUUGCUCACCUCAUAGUUAUGGCCCUCGAGAAAGAAGGAAUUCCCAGAGAAGAAGCCGUUAAGAAGAUCUGGAUGGUGGACUCGAAAGGACUCAUCGUCAAGGGCAGAAGUCAUCUGAACCACGAGAAGGAGAUGUUUGCUCAUGACCAUCCCACUGUGAAGACCCUGGAGGAAGUGGUGCGGACAAUAAAACCAACAGCUAUUAUUGGUGUGGCUGCUGUGGCAGGUGCUUUCACUCACCGGAUUUUGAAGGACAUGGGGACCUUCAAUGAGAAGCCCAUCGUGUUCGCCCUCAGCAACCCAACGAGCAAAGCAGAAUGUACGGCCGAAGAUUGUUACCGCUUGACAGACGGCCGGGCCAUAUUCGCCAGUGGGAGCCCGUUUCCAAAGGUGACCCUCUCCGAUGGACAGACCUUCUUCCCUGGUCAAGGGAAUAAUGCCUACGUUUUCCCCGGAGUUGCUCUAGGAGUCAUCGCCUGUGGACUCCGUCACAUCACCGAGGAAAUCUUUCUCACCACAGCAGAGGCAAUUGCACAAGAGGUUACACAGGAAAAUCUGGCUGAAGGAAGGCUGUAUCCCCCUUUGAGCUCCAUUCGAGACGUAUCCUUCAAAAUUGCCGUUAAAGUGGUUGACUAUGCCUAUAAACACAACUUGGCCUCCUGGUAUCCUGAGCCAGAGGACAAAGAAGCAUUUGUGAAAUCCCUCGUUUACAGCCCUGACUAUGAUUCCUUCAUUAUUGAUAGUUACCAGUGGCCCCAGGAAGCAAUGAAGACUCAAAAUAUUUAAUUCUUCUCUUUUGUGAAGGCAGGCAAGAGGGGUCUUCAAGCGGCUGUGAACCUUAAGAUGCUAAAGUGUCUUGACCGUCAAGCUUGUAGGAUCUUCCGUUAUAAAUUGAGAGAAGAGC